AUGGCCGAGGAGCUCCUGGACCAGGUUCGCGAUGUUGCCGAGGGGCAGAUUGACUUUGAGGGACAGAAGCUGGUGGAGACUCUGUCUACCGUUCUUCUCAGUGUUAUUGGUGUAAGUCGGGAGAGCAAACCUCGUGGUUCUGGCUCAUCACCUCCUCUCCCACAGGCUAUCUCCUUCCUCGUCGGCUACUUUCUGCAAGAUAUCAAACUCGCCGUCUUUAUCGCCCUCGGAGGCACCGGCCUCACAUUCCUCGUCGUCGUCCCGCCCUGGCCCUUCUACAAGAAGCAUCCCGUCAAAUGGCUUCCGGUCAGCGGUGGGACUGCCUUCUCUGUGCCGCAGAAUCUGGUUAUAGACGAGAAAGUGACAAUACAAUGA